UGAAAGAAAAUAAAGUUUAGCUUAAUGCACUAAACAACAUCCGAAGGUGAAUACAAUGGAAUCUUGCCCCAUAAUUCUCAGCAGCAUCUCUCUAUAAACCACAAACCUGCCUCCUCCCUUCCAUUUCUAAUAUUUCAGCGUCAACAACAACACACUAUUAACUUGAAUCCAAAGGUUUUUAAACAUGGGCAGAGAGAAUUGGUCUGUUAUGGGCCGCCUCAAGAGAGCAGUGAAGCAGAUAAACUCCCUACUUCGCUUCAACCUAACAAAAUGGCGCUCAUCUUGCUUCCUCAGAAGCCUUUCCACCCGGCGCCGGCCGACCUUGAGCUUUAACGAUCGCCUCGGUUUGCACGGCUGCAUUGUGGAUGAAGAAGAAGAAGAAGAAGAAUCCAAUAAAAAAGGACCGGUUCGAGCGCUUCAUAGAACAACAAGCUAUGCUAGUGCGGAUGAUGAUGUUGACCAAAGGGCGGAGCUUUUUAUCUCUAAUUUCCGUCGACAGCUUUGGUUAGAACGCCAAGUUUCUUUGCAGCUAAGAUAUUGCCGAUCCAGGAGUUUGGAGUGACACAGACUUACCUCCAACGCUGAAACCAGUUUGCUCUGUAAGAUUUCUCAGGAACAAAAUUAGCUUUAUAUUAUUAUUAUUUAUGGUUUUGAUUUUUCGAGAGUUUUUUUAUACCGUAUUUAUACUGCUAAAUUGUUUGAAUUUACGGUAUUUCUAGAGCUUUGAUUGUUUUUUCUUUCCCAGCUUGCAUCUAUUUGUUUAAUGCAGGAUUUGUUGUAAAAACUUGAAUAAUGUAUUUUAAUAAUUAUUAUUGUAAUGGAAUUCAAGAGCUUGUUUUAGUAAGAA